UGGUGGCAAGCGCGCGCCGACGACAGAAGUCUUCGCCUCGCGCCGCGGUACGCGCGCGCAAGAUUAACGUACAGAAAACUGAUUUAUCGCGACCCAUUGAAAAAAUAAUCGCCUGCCAGAGGAUAUGUGAUGGAGGGCCAGGACUGGCGCGACGACUGGCACCAGCCACGCCAGAUGGACGGCGUGGUUUCCAGCCAAUUUCCUAGAGGCGGGUUCCACCUACACUCUUUGGCGCAGCGAGUGAGCCGUGAUCAAGAUCAGCUGCCGGUUUUACCGCCGCUGCAUAAUGUACGAGAUAAUGCAGUGUGCUCCCGCAGUACAUACUCCCCCUUGCAAGCUCUCAGCGAGAGUACGUGCCGCGACCACGGCGCGCAGUCGGCGCCGCCGCCGCAACCGCCGCCGCCGCGGAUGCAGGUUUCAAAUCAAAACGUCACGCUACAUCCAGCGGUAGCACGCUGCAGUGCCUCCCUCGAACUGGCCACGCUCUGGCGAAGCUUUCAUGAACUCGGCACAGAGAUGAUUGUGACGAAGGCCGGUCGUCGAAUGUUCCCCGCCCUACAAGCGAGACUCUCCGGCUUGCUGCCCAACGCGGACUAUUUGCUGCUCGUGGAUUUCGUACCUUUAGAUGAUAAACGAUAUAGAUACGCUUUCCAUAGCUCGAGCUGGGUGGUGGCGGGCAAGGCGGACCCGGUGUCGCCGCCGCGCAUCCACGUGCACCCCGACUCGCCCGCCGCCGGCGCGCACUGGAUGCGCCAGCUCGUGUCCUUCGACAAGCUCAAGCUCACCAACAAUCAGCUCGACGAUAAUGGACAUAUUAUCCUCAACUCGAUGCAUCGCUAUCAGCCGAGACUCCACGUUGUGUAUCUGCCAGGCGAAGGCCACAGUACCGCUCCGGGGACGGUACCGUACCGUACGUUUAUCUUUCCCGAAACUGGUUUUACUGCGGUCACAGCUUACCAGAAUCAUAGAAUAACGCAAUUGAAAAUCGCGAGCAAUCCAUUCGCUAAAGGAUUCCGUGACUGUGAUCCUGAUGAUUGUCCCCCAGAGCAGAGCGGCCAGCGCGGCGCGGCGCGGCGGCGCGAGGCGGCGGGCGAGGCGUUCCCGCUGGCGCAGCCGUACGGCGCCGAGCCCAGCGCCAGCGGGCCGCUCUACGCCGCGCACGCGCACCCAGUACGGUACCAACCACACACUGGCCACAAUAGUGCAUACACAGCGUAUUACGCGCACAGAUAAAAAUAUAUAUUACAGUAAUAUAAUACUGUGAUACUGUAGCAAGUUACUUAUGUACGACUCUAUUGGGUUCAACAACUGAUCAAUUAGAAUUUAAGUAACUUAGGCAAGAAUAUAUACAUAAGUAUAGAAGGUUAAUUUAUUUUAACAUUAAUCUUACUCAGUAUGAUGUUUUUUCUAUUUCUGGUAAUGGUAGUCAUUUCAUUAUUUAAUUCUCUGUUUUUAUUAAUUUGGAAAUUAAAUUUAUUUACUGAUAUACUGGCCGUCAAGAUUCAAGUGAUGAAUCCGAUACAAUUAUCUUACUUUUUUGUGUUUUUUUCUCGAAAUGGUAAUUUUGUAUUUGACUAACAAAUCGACUUGAAGCUUCUAGACUCUUAAGACUUGGUGCAAAUAUUUUGCUUCAAAGAUAUUGUAAUCGGUACGAAAUCGAUAAGCUUGGCCUUCUAUGAAUGCCAUCGCUUACUACAGAAAUGUACUGUUGUGGUCUCUCUAAAACACGUUAUGUGGCGUUCCAACGCCUUGGGUCUUGUAUUUAGUUAUUUCGAACCAUUAUCGUAAGCGUCGUAGCCUGUCUACAUAUCAAAAUUCAAAAUAACCCUACAAACAAGCGCUGUUUAUCGAGUAUUGUUUUGAUCGAGACGUCGUCCGCUAACGCUGUGUCUGGUCUGUUGAAAUGUCGAUCGGAAGUUUACGCUGAAUUCGGACGUUACGUUUACCAUAUAAUAGAAGACCGUAGUAGUCGUAAGUUGUCUAUGACAAAAUAAAUAAAUUGUCUAUAAAAAAAUGGUGAUCAUAGCAAAAAUAUUCUUUAUUAUUCAUCUAAUUUACAACAACUUAAUUUAUGAGGAGUCGUUUUUUUUGUAAUGCCUAAUUAAAACUAAGCCAAUAUACAUAAAACUUAUACAAGAUGAUGCAUCGCGUUUCGGCGAAGGUUUUGGUAUAUAAUAUGAAUAGCCGCGCUUCGCAGUUUUAUCCUUUAAAUUAAGCCUUCAGACGUGCCAACUUAUAGUAACAAAAUAUUCGUUAAGUAUUAAAAUAUUAAUCUUCUAUACUUAUGUAAAAAUUCAUGGAUUCACGUCAACGGUCAAGAAUUUUUUCGAUUUCCUUAUAGUAUGUAAUAAAUCUUACGAAGGAAGAAAAUUUAUUAAUUAUAAAAAUCUCAAACAAACAAAAUACAUUCAUCUGUUUUAUUCAUAUUUUACUUUAAUUUACAUGAAAGAUACGUUGUACCGUCUUAAUAUAUGAACAUCAGUAUGUGUGAUAAUUAUAUGUAGUAAGUUUUAUGUGUUCAGAAGUUACCAAGUCCUGCAAACAUACAUAUAUUUAUAUCUACCUAUAUAGAUUGAUUUUGAGCCCAUUUUAAAUAAGCAUUUGCUUAUUAUAUUAUAUAAGAAAUACAACUUGAAACAAUAACGUUAUCAACCGUGCCUUAUAGAG